UAUGUUAAGAACUAUUUCUAACUUAAAGUCACAAUCUGUCUCUAAGAACUGCAUAUUUUCUCAAACCUUCCAUUCAAGACUUUUAUUUUUCUAUUUCAUGUGAUGCCACAAUGUUGCCAUUUGAAUUAAGGUGCAAUGGAUGGAGGCCACCUACAGAAGAAUGGAAAAAAUGGGUCAAAAAGUUACAACCAAAGUUCGAAUAUUUAUGGAUUCAAACUGGAAUAUAUCAUGCAAUCAAAGCUUCUACAUAUGAUAUCAAAAGGGAUGACGGGUUGAUUCUUGAACUUGCUAAUAGAUGGUGUUCUAAGACAAAUACAUUUGUUUUCCCUUGGGGAGAAUCAACAUUAACAUUGGAAGACACACAGAUGAAGAAUUAAUGGAAGCAAGAAGAAUGUUUAAUAGUUCUAAAGCUAAAAAAGUGAAUCAAAGGGCAUGGAUGGUGUAUUUCAUGGAGAGUGAAAGCAAAGUGGAACAUGAAGCUUUUCUGGUUUAUUGGUUGUCAAGGUUUGUUUUUCCUGCAGAUGCUUAUGAUACUAUUCUGAAAAGUGUUUUUCAUAUUGCAAUACAUUUAGCUAAUGGAAAUAGAGUAGCUCUUGCACCUGCUGUUUUAGCUAGUAUUUAUAGGGAUUUGAGUUUACUUAAUAGCACCAUUACAACAACCAUCAAGAGUUUAAGUGUAACUGUUUGGGCUCCUUUUCAAUUGGUUCAAAUAUGGGCUUUAGAGAGGUUUUUAUCUCUUCAUCCACGCCCUUAUACAAUAGGCCAUGGUUUACCAAAGGUGGCUAGAUGGAGUGAAGUUAAAGUAUUGGAAAAUAAAAACUUGAAAAAGGACUUGGAUUGUGCUGGAUUUGGAAAUGGUUUUUUGUGGCAACCAUAUGAGAAUUCACCAUGUGUUGAGGUCUAUAAUGAAAAAGAUAUGUGGAAAUGUCAGAAUCCUUGUUUAGAUGAAGAGUUACUGUCAUUUGCGCAGUGUUUGAGGGCCGGUGAGUUGGUUGGUAUGGAUUGUAGAGAGAAGUACUUACCAUAUCGUGUCGCUAUGCAAUUUGGUAUCGAUCAAGACAUUCCUGAUCCUGACAAUGUUGCUUCUAGAUACUAUGAUUGGUGGAAGAUAUCCAAAUCUUGAGGAAAGAGAUAAUAAGAGAGUAAAGUUUGAGAAACAUGAAAUGGAAGGUUCUGAUAAUAAGCCAUAGUAUUCCUUGGUUGGUUUGUAACAACACAACAAGAAUUUUUUUUUUUAUGGCAUACAAUCAACUUCAUAUUCCUAAUUUUUUGUAAUAGUUUAGUUUUUAUUUAUCAAUAACUCAUUUUGUAUGUUGAUCUGUGUGAUUGUCUCCUUUUUUCUGGUGCAAGACCUGUGAAUGUGAUAGUUGGUUUCAUUUGUAGUAACUAGUACUAGUUGU